AGAGAACGCUGCGGCUCUGGAAUCCGUUCGCGGUCUCUCAGGUUUUGGAGACGACGAUCUAGUGGAUCUUUUGCGGGACAGGAGCGCUGUCUGCUAGCUGCUUUUCCUGCUCUCUCUCCCUGGAGGCGAACCCUUGUGCUCGAGAUGGCAGCCGCCCUGCUCAUGGCUGGGUCCCAGGCACCUGUGACGUUUGAAGAUAUGGCCAUGUAUCUCACCCGGGAAGAAUGGAGACCUCUGGACGCUGCACAGAGGGACCUUUACCGGGAUGUUAUGCAGGAGAAUUAUGGAAAUGUUGUCUCACUAGAUUUUGAGAUCAGGAGUGAGAACGAGGUAAAUCCCAAGCAAGAGAUUAGUGAAGAUGUACAAUUUGGGACUACAUCUGAAAGACCUGCUGAGAAUGCUGAGGAAAAUCCUGAAAGUGAAGAGGGCUUUGAAAGUGGAGAUAGGUCAGAAAGACAAUGGGGAGAUUUAACAGCAGAAGAGUGGGUAAGCUAUCCUCUCCAACAAGUCACUGAUCUACUUGUCCACAAAGAAGUCCACACAGGCAUCCGCUAUCAUAUAUGUUCUCAUUGUGGAAAGGCCUUCAGUCAGAUCUCAGACCUUAAUCGACAUCAGAAGACCCACACUGGAGACAGACCCUAUAAAUGUUAUGAAUGUGGAAAAGGCUUCAGUCGCAGCUCACACCUUAUUCAGCAUCAAAGAACACAUACUGGGGAGAGGCCUUAUGACUGUAACGAGUGUGGGAAAAGUUUUGGAAGAAGUUCUCACCUGAUUCAGCAUCAGACAAUCCACACUGGAGAGAAGCCUCACAAAUGUAACGAGUGUGGAAAAAGUUUCUGCCGUCUCUCUCACCUAAUCCAACACCAAAGGACCCACAGUGGUGAGAAACCCUAUGAGUGUGAGGAGUGUGGGAAAAGCUUCAGCCGGAGCUCUCACCUAGCUCAGCACCAGAGGACCCACACAGGCGAGAAACCUUAUGAAUGUAACGAAUGUGGCCGAGGCUUCAGUGAGAGAUCUGAUCUCAUCAAACACUAUCGAGUCCACACAGGGGAGAGGCCCUACAAGUGUGAUGAGUGUGGGAAGAAUUUCAGUCAGAACUCCGACCUUGUGCGUCAUCGCAGAGCCCACACGGGAGAGAAGCCGUACCACUGUAACGAAUGUGGGGAAAAUUUCAGCCGCAUCUCACACUUGGUUCAGCACCAGAGAACUCACACUGGAGAGAAGCCAUAUGAAUGCAAUGCUUGUGGGAAAAGCUUCAGCCGGAGCUCUCAUCUCAUCACACACCAGAAAAUUCACACUGGAGAGAAGCCUUAUGAGUGUAAUGAGUGUUGGCGAAGCUUUGGUGAAAGGUCAGAUCUAAUUAAACAUCAGAGAACCCACACAGGGGAGAAGCCCUACGAGUGUGUGCAGUGCGGGAAAGGUUUCACCCAGAGUUCCAACCUCAUCACACAUCAAAGAGUUCACACGGGAGAGAAACCUUAUGAAUGUACCGAAUGUGAGAAGAGUUUCAGCAGGAGCUCAGCUCUUAUUAAACAUAAGAGAGUUCAUACGGACUAAGUCCUGUAAUUAUGAUGGCUGAGAAAUGAUUCAUUUGAAGAUACAAUUUUAUUUGAUAUCAAUGAACGCCCUCAAGACUGAGCUGCUUUUAUCAUACUCUCCUAGUUGUGGGCCACAAUUUAAACCAUCAGAGAUGACAAGCCAUGUGAAAUUCUGACCCUCAGCUUUGGGAAUGUUAUCUCCUCCAAAAUGGUGAUUUUUAUUCACUCAAUGGGUUACUUCAUUAAAAUCAGCCCCACAAGUAACUGGAAAUCUGAAGACCAGGGGACAAAUGCUGGUGAAUGCCCAGGCCUGGAAAUGGAGUAAAUCUUUCAAUGUUAUUUUCUCCCAUCCUUGGCCCAAGGAACUAUGCUAAGUGAAACGUGGGACUGUAAUAGGGUGGUCAUGGCUGCUUUGGAAAAAGGCAACUAGAGACUCUGCCUAAAUUGCCACACCUAUUCACACACCAUAGUAGUUGGGCACACACAUCUUCCCUUCCAAAGGGCUUUUUCCUUGAGUUGCUCAUGCAUUUGUAUCUUUUCCAUCUUCCUGAGGGCAAGAUUUUGCACGAUGAAGGCAAUGAUUGUAACUUUUCUCCUCCUCAUUGUUUCUAAUUAGCUCCUUUAAAGCUUGCAUCUUUGUGAAAGCUAACUGAAGAUACGGUUGGAAAGGAAAAAUGAGACACAGGUUUGGGGACCAAGGACCAAUCAAUGAUGGUGACUUUAGCAGAAGAUGCCCACAGUUAUUACUGCCAUUAAUCAGAUUUAUGAAUUUUCUUUGGGGAUCAUUAUAGGGAAUAUUGUAUAGAAAAUAUCUUCAAGAAAAGAUAGGACCAUCAGUGACAGUUAAGUGUAAGGAGCAAGUGGAAUUGAGUCCUUCAGGGAAGGAACCACAGAGUCCCUUCCCAAGGAAUGUAGGUCGUUUGUGUAUUCUUUCCCCUCUAAGAUCAACUCUUCCUGUCCUGCUAACUCUAAGAUUUGAUAAGGGCCACAUCCCAGUGUUUAUCUUAGCUUGCAUCAGGGCAUGUGUAUGUACAGUAAUGUGUAUUCCUGUGGUUUUUCUAAUAGAAACUGAAUUUACAGAGACUUAGCAUGUUCUUGGGUGAUGUGAGUCAUGUGACAGAAGUAUAGACAUAACUCCAAUGUGAGAAAUGUCCUUUUUUCAUUAUGGAAAAUAAUUUAAACACUAGUGCUUUAGUGUGCACUCUCCUGUAAGGUCUGUCUUUGUACAGAGCUAAGCACUUGUUUGUAUGUGUUUGUCAAUUGUGGAAGAUAAUGACCAGACAAAUAGGUCGAUUGUCCUAUUCUCAGAAUGAAUUAUCUUCUAUGGCAAUGAAGAACUCUUUGGCUUAGUCAGAAGGAAUUAACGAACCUCAGUAGGAAUGUAUUUCCAUCCUCCCACCCUACAGAUAUAAGUGGUUAAAAUAACAGUUCGCCCAAUUUAAGCCCAGUAGUGUCAGUUUUCCUAAUCUCAGUCCAGGUAGGAAUUAAGAAAUAUCUCAAGUGUUGAUGCUAUCCAAGCAUGUUGGGGUGGAAGGGAAUUGGUGCCCAGAAAAUGGGACUGGAGUGAGGAAUAUCUUUUGAGAGUACCCCCAGUUUAUUUCUACUGUGCUUUAUUGCUACUGUUCUUUAUUGUGAAUGUUGUAACAUUUUUAAAAUGUUUUGCCAUAGCUUUUUGGGACUUGGUGUUAAAGGAGCCAGUGGUCUCUCUGGGUGGGUACUAUAAUGAGUUAUUGUGACCCACAGCUGUGUGGGACCACAUCACUUGUUAAUAACACAACCUUUAAAGUAACCCAUCUUCCAGGGGGGUUCCUUCAUGUUGCCACUCCUUUUUAAGGACAAACUCAGGCAAGGAGCAUUUUUUUUUGUUAUUUACAAAAUCUAGCAGACUGUGGGUAUCCAUAUUUUAAUUGUCGGGUGACACAUGUUCUUGGUAACUAAACUCAAAUAUGUCUUUUCUCAUAUAUGUUGCUGAUGGUUUUAAUAAAUGUCAAAGUUCUCCUGUU